AUGAAGGAAGAGAAGGAGUUGGGAGGAGGACUUGGGCUAGCAGGGAACAGAGGGAAGGCUGCGCAGCAAGAGGGGCCAAGAUUAGGGGCUAGGUUCACAUCAAAAAACAUGUAUGGUUCCGGAUUCUUUAGUCUGAAGUUAAAGAUUGUGAAGACGGAUAAUGGAAUUGUCAUGGCUAUCUAUUUAAUUUCGGGUAUUAAGAGCGAUACGGAUCCAGGGAAUCAUGAUGAACUUGAUUUUGAGUUCUUGGGUGGUUGGAAUCCUUACAUUUUGCAAACUAAUGUGUUCCUUGACGACGUCGGAGGAAGAGAGCAAAGGAUUCCGCUAUGGUUUUUUGUGGAUGGGAUUCCAGUCAGACUGAUUAAGAGAAGUGGUGGAUUGAGGUACCCUUCAAAACCAAUGUAUGUGAAAGGAAGCGUAUGGCAAGGAAAUUGGGCAUUGCCUAAAGGUACGACGACGGAUUGGAGAAAAGCACCCUUCAAAGUCCAAUACCAAUUAUUUGACAUUGCUGGUUGCACAGUCCCCGCAAAUGGAAACAUCAACUCUUGCCAGGCUAAGUCUAAAAGGAAUUGGUGGAAUCAGGAUGGGUUUGGGCAGCUAACUCCUCGUCAACAACUACUUUAUAACAAUGUGACGAAACAUCUGUGUUAUAAUUAUUGCGUAGACCCGCAAAGGUACAACGGACGUGUUCCACCGGAAUGCCGCGGCCAAUUCAACCCAACUAUUGCAAAGCUGUGGUGUUGGAAUUAA